UUGUCAAUUCAUUUGUUUGCUAUCGGCCGUCAAGCCGCGUAGCUGCACCAAAAUUAUGUUCAAGUGAUUUUUUGUAAAAUUUACAGUGAUUUUAUACACAUAUAUCAAAAUUCGAAAUGACGUGCAAGAGACCUUUAGGUCCCGGACCCGGCGCGUAUGCGCUGCCUCCUUGCGUCGGGUUCCAGCAGCAUGACCCGACGCGCUAUCGCAACCCGAUGUACUCGUUGGCGGGCACAUCGGGGUUCCGCGUGCGCCCUGUUGGCCCCGGCCCUGCGUACCGCAUCGACAAGGUCACCCGCGACGGAAUCAUCACCUCCCCCGCAUGGACUUUUGGAUCUAGAUUCCCAGUCCGAAGCUCACUGCGAACGCCGGGACCGGGCGCCCAUGCGCCAGAACGGUGCCCACGCGGCGUGCAGGCGCCCAUCUACUCCAUGGGAGCGCGCCCACAGGAUCGCAUGAAGAAGAUCGGGCCCGCGCCUAACGCGUACAACACGCGUUGCGGGUUCGGUGGGCCCGCUUACACGAUGGGCGCGCGGCUGGGCGUCAUGCCGCCUGUGUUGUCCCCCGGCCCCGCCGUAUAUUACCAAAAGGAUACCGAUGUUUACAAGACGAGACACCCGUGCUACUCGCUGGGUGCGCGGUUGGCGGGCGCGGGCAAGGCAACGCGAACGCCGGGUCCUGCGGCCUACCCACCCAAUCUAUAUAACACUAAAAAGAAUCCUUACUCAUAUUCCUUUGGUACGAAACACAACGAAUAUGCUUGUCCAAUGAUAAUAAAGGAAGACACUAUGGACUGUCUCUAAAUAUUUUACGGCCAAUAAAGACACAUAAGGUCUACAGUGAUACUGUUUAAAUCGUUGAGGUAAUAAAAAAAAUUGGCAUUCGUAAUAUUAUGUAAUAUAUAAACAUAGAAUAUACAAGCGAAUGACAUUUUGUCAUAAGUUUUUUCCCAAAAAAAUUGUAGGUAAAAUGUCAAAAAUGUAAAAAGACAGUGGCAUUGUAACGCCUUAGCAAACAGUCUUUUUGGCUUAUAGCAACAUUAGACAGUAACUUUUUUAGUGAACAAAAACAUGUGCGAGUCUUGUGACGUGUGACGUAACGUAACGUGCAGUUG